AUGAUAGCAGCAGAUGGAGAAGCAGAAGAAGAAGGCUUUUACAGUUAUUCAAGUCAAGAUUCUCGAGAAUUAUCGGAAGAUGAUUUAGAAAAACUGAAAAAGCAGACAACUGUGAACGAUUUCAAGAAAAAUAAACUGGAAAUAGAAGCAAGACGAAAUUGGGAUAAAUUCUAUCAUCGAAACAAGGACAAUUUUUUCAAGGAUAGAAAUUGGAGCAGCGAAGAUUUGAAGAUAAUUUGCCCGGAUUUGAAUUUCGCAACUUCAAGCAUCGCAUAUCUCGAAGCUGGUUGUGGAGUUGGAAAUAUGCUUUUUCCAUUGGUCUCAGAGCUUCCGAAUCUAAAACUUUUUGCUUUUGAUUUCUCUGCAAAUGCUGUGAAAUUGCUUGAAAAACGAGCAGAGGAGCUGAAAUUGGAAGUGGAGACAUCAGUUAUUGAUUUAUCUUUGGAAAAUGUUCAAAAUCCAUUUUCUCAACAAGUUGAUUUGGCCACUUUGAUUUUUGUAUUAUCAGCAAUUCAUCCAGAAAAGCACAAAAUUGCUGCGGAGAAUAUGAGAAAUUUUGUGAAGGUAUCUAAAAAGAUUUUCUUUUUUUUUUCUAAAUUAAAUUUUCAGAUGAGCGGUUCAAUAGUUGUUCGAGAUUAUGGAAUAAAUGACCAUGCAAUGAUCAGAUUUGGGCGAGAAUCUCGAAUUUCCGAUCGAUUUUAUGUGCGACAAGAUGGAACACGUGCGUAUUAUUUCGAUUUGGAAGAAUUAUCAAAAAUCUUUGAGAAUUGCGGAUUUCGUUGUGAAUCGAAAGAAUAUCUUCAUAGGCUAACUAUAAAUCAUAAAAAAGGAUUGAAAGUUCCGAGGAUAUUUGUGCAGGCGAGAUUUGUUAGAGAAAAAUGA